AUGGGAAAUUAGAUACCAGAAAUGUAGAGGUAUGGAGCAUUUAGAGAAGAUCAAACAGAUGUCAAGCCUGGCUAUUCCAGGGAACUUAUGUAAGAUAUUGAUUUUUAAACAUGUUAAAGUUGCAUUGAGAACCUUUAAAACCCAGAUCAUUUCAGAGCAGGAGAAUUUGAGGGUUGCAAGACAGUAUUUGAGGUAUAGAGCAAGAGCUUGGAUAAAUUCGGAAGCAAUCCUUUCUUGGGUACUCGUAACAAUGCAAAGGAAGGCAGACCAUAUGAGUGGAAAACAUUUAGAGAAAUUUACAAUUUAAUGGAGGAUUUCGCUAAAGGUAUGGAUUCGCUCAAUUUGAGUCCUGUUUAAGAAGCUGAGGGCAAAAACUAUAGAUUUAUGGGUAUAUUCUCUAAGAAUAGAGAGGAGUGGGCAAUUGUGAACUUGGCCUCUAUGAGAUCCUCAGUUACUAUUGUUCCAUUUUAUGACAGUCUUGGUCCUGAAGCAUUAUCCUUUGUCUUGAAUCAAACUGAACUCAUUACCAUGUGUGUUGAUUCAGCUAGCUUAAGAACAUUACUUAAAGUUGCAGGAAAUGCUCAUACCUUGAAGAACAUUAUAACAUUUGAUAAAGCAGAUGAAGAUCAAGAAAAAUAGACAAAAGAGCUAGGCAUAAGGAUGAUCAGUUUCAAUGACGUCCUUGAAGAGGGAAGGAAAGUAUAAAAUGCUAAAUUUACUGAGCCUACGCCAGAUACAAUAUAUAUGUUUUGCUAUACCUCUGGAACUACAGGUGACCCUAAGGGAGCUAAAUUAAGUCAUCGCUAUCUGCUAGGUUGCUCAUAAUACUGCCUGUAUGCUAGAGCUGGACUGUGUGAGUAAGAUGUCUCAAUCUCUUAUUUACCAUAUGCUCAUAUCUUUGAGCAGGCAAUUUUCGUUACAUCUCUUGGCUUCGGUUUUAGACAUGGGUACUAUUCAGGAGAUCCUCUUAAGUUAUUUGAGGACAUAGCACUACUAAAGCCCACCUCUCUAGUUGUAGUUCCUAGAAUAAUGAACAGAAUUUAUGACAAGAUAAUGGCUGGAGUAGCAAACUCAUCAGGGUUCAAACAAGGUUUAUUCAAUAGAGCAGUGGCUACAAAACUUGAAAAUCUAAGAAACAAUUGCCAAUUUACUCAUUGGCUGUAUGAUAGAACUGUUUUCAAGCCAAUAAGAGACUUAUUCGGUGGAAAUCUUAAUAAGAUGAUAAUAGGAUCUGCUCCAAUAAGUAAUGAGGUACUCAGUUUCUUCAAGAUUGCCCUAGGUUUCCAUAUUCAUGAGAUUUACGGUCAAACUGAAGCUGGUCCUUUAACAGUUACUCUUAGCUUCGACCCAACUUCAGGGCACGUAGGAGGGGUGUCAGCAACUUGUAAACUGAGGUUAAGAGAUAUUCCUGAGAUGGAAUAUUAUCACACUGAUAAUCCACCAAGAGGUGAAGUACAAAUGAAAGGUUCACAUAUGUUUGAUGGUUACUUCAAAGCCCCUGAAAAAACUUUAGAUACUAUGGACGAUGGAUGGAUAACAACUGGAGAUGUUGGGAUUGUAUUCCCAAAUGGCUCUAUCAAAUUAGUUGAUAGAGCUAAAAAUAUUUUCAAGCUAAAUCAAGGAGAAUACAUCGCUCCAGAAAAACUUGAAAAUGUCUAUUGCUAAUGCUCCUUAAUCUCCUAAAUGUUCGUUUAUGGGGACUCUCUCUAAUCAUUCUUAUUGGGAUUUGUUGUUAUAGAUCAAGAUGUUGUUAAGAAGUGGGCUUAAGAUAGAAACAUUGCUUUUGAUGAUAUUAACGUUCUUGCUAAGAACUAAGAACUGAAGUAAGCUAUUAUAGAGCAAAUGGAAUUGAAAGCUAAGGCAAAUUCAUUGAGUAGUCUUGAAAAGAUCAAGAAGAUACACGUAUAAGCAGACCCUUUCACAGUUUAAAAUGACAUUAUCACUCCAACAUUCAAGAUUAAGAGAAACAUAGCAAAGAAAUAUUUCGAUAAGGAAAUUACUAAGAUGUAUCAAGAAGGGCUUUGA